AUGUCUCUUAUUGAACCAUUACUGACUAAAGAAAACAUUGAAGAUCCAAAUCUUGAAAAAUACUCCAUCGAUCCUUUAGCCAACCUUGAAAAAAGCAUUAAGAUGCUGACAGUUAACUAUGAGUCCUUUGAAUUUGACGGUUCAAGUGACUUAGAAUUUAGUGAUCAUGACUAUUUUAAUGAAAAUGAUCCAGUCUUCAAAGGCUCAGACAUUAAAUACGCGAUUACAUUUUUAAAUAAGCUCGUCAUAGGCAGAAUUGAUGGAAUUAUAAAAAUAUAUAAUUUAGAAACCAAAGCAGAAAUUGUGCUAAAAGGGCACAGCAAAUGUGUAGUUUGCCUUCAAGUUUGCCCUAAAAAAGAUUUCCUAAUUUCAGCAUCAGAUGAUAAAACGAUAAUCAUAUGAAAUUUAGAAAGCUAUAUACAAGAAAGAGUGUUUAUUGGGGAGAAUAAAUGACUUUGCUUAGAAGUGACAGCUGGAUAUGGUCUUUUUUCUGGGUCUUAUGAAGAAGGCUUCAUCAGAAAAUGGAAUUUCUGAAAUGAAAAGGAAGUUGAAAUGUUAGAUGGCGACAAAUAUGAAGUCAAUUGUAUGAAGAGCUCUCCUAAUGGUGAAUUUCUUGUUGCAGGCUCUUUCGAUGGCCAUUUAAUGAUAUUUACUCCCACUCCGUGAGCGAACAAAGCCAUUGGGAAAAUCCCUAUUUUUUGCUCAAAAAGCCAGCGAACAAAAAAUUUGGCACAUAAGUGAUAGUUAUUAUAACGAAAUCUAGCUAAUUCUGUUUAAUUUGAAAUAAAAUUGUAUUUUAAAACAUAAAUUUUUACAAUUAAAUUAAUAUUUGUUUUCCAAUUUUUUGCAAAUUGAAAUAUAAAUUUAUUUAUAAAUUUUUUAAAAAAAAAAUUAUCCCCCCUCCAUGAGCGAACAAAAUUUUUUGUUCGCGCACGGAAGAGGGGGAUUUAGUAUUCAAGACAUUAAAAAUGUCUCAGUAUUAUUUGUAAGGGAAGGUUAUGUUUUGCAAAUUGAGAUUACUGAUGAUAGUAAAUACAUUGUCACUGGGUCAAUUGGUGGAGCAAUUGAUAUAUGAGAUAUCAAUGCAAGACAGGGUAUCAGACAUAUAAAACAUUCAAAGGAAGGGGGUAACUUGUUUUUGGAAUUUACUCACUCCCCCCCAUCCUUGAUCGAACGACUCGCCGUCGUUCGAUCAAGGAAGGGGGUUAAAAAAAAUUUUUUUGGGAAAAAAAAAUUAUAUAUAAAAUAAAUAUAUAUAUAUAUUUUAUUUACUUUUAAAUAAGAGUGUUAAGAGUAUUUAAUAAUUAUUUUUACAGCAAAAAAUUGAAUUAAUUUCAUAAAAAUACCAAUUUUUAAUAUUUUGAUUUAUUAGCUACACCUUUAAACUGUAUAAAUUUUAAUUUGUUCCUCAUUAAAUUAAUUUUUUUUUUAAAAUUUUAAAGAAUCUCUAUUUUAUUAGAUUAUUGGGUUUUUAAGCCUAGGUUGAUGACGAAAGCACUUCGGAUGGCUGAUUCCGUAGCUUUCUGUCGUCUCAAAGUCUUUGAAAACAGCUUCAUUAUGUACAUCUUCCCAAGCUUUUGAUAACUAAUAUAUUUUUUAUAUAUAUAAAAUUUUGCAUGAUAUGAAAAUCGUUCGAUCAAGGAUGGGGGUUAAUUCCCCAUUUUUUAGGAAUUUUUACAGUCAAUCGUUCGAUCAAAGGAUGGGAGGGGAGUCAAGGAAAUCAAUUCAUAUUUGCUAAUUGUGAUGAAGGCACUAUAAGAACUUAUGAUAUUGAUAAUAAUAAUUCAUCAGAAUUGAAGGAUCCAGCAACAGCUGUUGCUAUCUCAAAACAAAACAAUUUAGUCUACUGUGGACACAAAAAUGGGUCUAUUACAAUUUUUAACUUAAAUAAAGGAGUUCCUAUAACUACUCUGGAGGGAAUUGAAUGCAAAGCUGUAAAGAUACUGACUGUUAAUCAAGAAGAAUAUUUAGCCUGCAUACAUGAAAACGGAAAAAUUAAAAUUUACCAAAUUUAUAAAGAAAAAAAACAAGCAGAAGAAGAUUAUAUAGUUUCUUUACAUGAGAGCUCUGAUGAGUCUGAGGAUGAGGAAAGUCAUCAUGAACCAUUAAAAACAGACUUAAAAUUGACUAGGGAUGGGAAAUAUGCAGUUCUAUAUCAUCGUUUUUUAUUAAAAGUAUGAAGCUUUAUUGAAAAUCAAUUUGCUUUUUCACUUGUUGUGCAUUAUGGUGUUUGUGACGUAAAAAUUUCUUAUGAUGAUAAAUAUUUUAUUUUUGGGAAUUUACGUAGAAGUUCUAUUUAUGUGUAUUCUUUUCAAGAUAUGAAAUUAGUUAGAACAUUCCAAGAUCAGGAUAUUGCAAUUUGUUUUGCAAUAAGUAAAGAUAGCAACUUCAUUGCAGCUAGCAAUUACUAUGGGCCAAUACAAUGUUUUGAUAUUCAAAAGAAGUGUAAAAUUGGUGCUACAGAAGAAAAAGAAGAUUAGAUUAGGUUAAUUAAUUCUAGCACUGGUUUAUUGCAGCCCCUAACCCUCCAGAGUUAAUUUCACGAGGACUAAUUCCAACUCAUGCCCUUUUUCUGUAGACAUCUCCAAAAAAUGGUGACGCCAGACAGUCUGUCGGGAGAAUCACCUGUUAAGGUAUUGAUCCUUGGCAAACGAUUACCAAAAGUUCUGAAAGAUACUGAGCCUCGGUCUGUUUUUGGGUCGAUAAAAAAAAAGGUUUACCACAAAAAACCUACCACGGAAAAUAGCGCCAAUGGAAUCCACCUUUCGCGGGCAUAGAUCUACUCACCAGAUAUAGAAAUUUCCCUUAGAUGGUGCAGUUUGCCCUUGAAUUGCCCACUGAAAAAACUUUUUGGUUCAACCAGUACCAUAUGUUUGGUCAAACCAAAAAAUUUUUUCAGUGGGCAACCAAGGGCAAGCAGUGCCAUCUAUGGGAAAAUUCUAUACUUAAUUCCCCUCACCAUUAAGCGUAAUCUGAAGUUCGAAUGAAAAGUAGCUGAAGUAAAUCCGUUUUUAAACCUUUCUAAAUAUCUCUAUCUCUCUUCUUUUUCAAAAAUUAUCUCAUGUGGAGCUAUAGCAAUUGCCCGAGGAUGGCGCUAUCUUGCGCCAUCCUCGGGCAAUUUCAAAAAUGGCCCCACACCGGGAAUCGAACCCACGUGUGGGGCCAUUUUUGGUGUGUGUGGCCAACAUCGACUUACACGCACCAAAAAUGGCCCCACACGUGGGUUCGAUUCCCGGUGUGGGGCCAUUUUUUGAAUUGCCCGAGGAUGGUGCAAGAUAGCGCCAUCCUCGGGCAAUUCCUAUAACCACUAAAGCCACCAAAUCCCUUUUCCUUCCGGGCCACAGUCUAGCGUGGAGACUCACCCGAAAACUGCUUGUAACAAAAAACUGCAUCACAGGACUCUCUUAACCUCUGGUAGUGCUCAGGGUAUUAAGGAACCCUCCAAUGUCUCCUUUUGGAACCACCUCUCCUCCAGAAGUAUCUGAUUGGUGUUACGCUGUUAGUCCUCUUGUCUGUAUCAGCCCAAGCCUGCACUCUCCUUCUAGAAAAAUUGCCACUUGCAACUCCGUGGCCUUUAAGCCUUUUAAUUUUUUUAAGAGUCCUAAAUUUUGACCAUGAUGGCAAAAUUACUUGAAAAAAAAGAAGAAGAUUAUGAAAAUAUAGAGGAACCAGGCGAAGAUAAUGAGUACAAAAAUACCAUUGAAUUUUUGCAAAUUAAUAAAACAAAUGAAUAUAUCAUUUCACUAGAUAGGAACCAAAAUGUGGAGUUUUGGAGCUUUCCAGAGAAAACACUAAUGCAAAGUAUCCAUAUGGAAAAAAAAGUAAAAUUUUUGAAAUUAAUUGACAACAAUUAUUUUUUGGUUUGUAUGGAAAACGUAAUAGAAAUAUUCAAUAUUAGCGAAAAAAGAAAGAUUAUCACUAUUGAUGAUCAUUCAAGCCCUAUUUCUAGCUUAGAAAUAAGUGAAGACGAAAGAUUUCUUAUUUUUUCUCAGCUUGAUGAAAUCAGGAUGUGGGAUCUAAUCCAACUAAAAGAUAUUGAAACCAUAAAGAUUAAUGACGGUUGCAGCAUAGUUAGCUUAGAUAUAACAAGAGACAAUAAAUAUAUAGCAAUUUUAAAUGCAAACGGCUGCGUGAAGAUCUGGAAUCGCGAAGAGAAAAAAUUUAUGGUAACAAUGAUGCUCUCUCAUGAUAUAUGACAUAACGCAUAA